AUGGCAAAGGAGUUCGCUUCCAAGUCAUUUUCCGGCGGUGUUGACUCGAGGAAGAGCUCGCGGGCUUCCAGGGCGCGUCCCUGGUUGGCCAACAGCAUCCUCCGACGACAGUCGGCCGCCACUGGUGUCAAGGGUUGUGAGGGUGCCCCCUCGCUUCCCAAGGCAACCACUGUGACCCUUGGCUCGGAUCCGGCGCCGCCCGUUACUGUCGAGCGUGUUGCCGUGAAGCAGUCGGCGUCCAAGAUACCAAUCUUGGUUCGUCGUUGUGGAUCGGCCUCACUCGGCAAGGGCGGCGUGCAGGAGAAGGCCAAGUCAACCGCCAUGCCAUCUACCGUCACAGGGAUGGCGACCUCGGCGUCACGGAUUCCGGUUCGCACCAAGGUGCCGUCUGUUGGUCCCCGGCUUGUUCCUCAGCAAGUACGAACCAACAAGGCCCUUGGUGCUGCUGCCGGUCUCCCGGUGGGCAAAGAGGUUGGCAACAAGAGGGGUACUGGGGGUUCUGCUGUCGCCAUCAGCCGACCCAAGCCUGAGCCAGAGGAGAUGUCGAUUCAGAAGUGCAUCAACCCGGCGCCAAUCAGGAGCCAUCGAUCUGACAUUGCUGUCAGGUCGAUCCUGAAGCAUCGGGCGAAGCCUUCUGAGGAGACUGAUCCUCACUGUCCACUUGAUUCUCGCGGCAAUGGAGUGAAAUCCAACCCGGCCGAGAAGAAGAGUGUGACAUGGCCCGAGGUGUACGCCAUCCCCACCCCGGCACGCCCAUGGCACAAGGAAGCAGUUCCUGCCUGGGAGUGUCGGCUGUGUCGGGGGUGCGGCCACCGAGGAUGGUGCCCGUCGCUGAUCGGCGUCACGCUGGGUCCGCAGGCAAUUGAUGUCUGGCUGAGGGAGCAGAGGGCUCGAGGCUAUGAUUAUCUGGAGCAUUCGGGUGGGUUCUUGAGCUCGAGGGAUCAUGAUCCCAUCGAGCCCGUGAUCUUUUGA